GGCGGACCGUCUUUGUUUUGGUCCUUCGGGAGUGCAUUCGCGCGCGUCGACCGAACGUGGAAGGGCCUUUUCGCGGCUUGGGGAACUUUAUAAUGACACGCCAGGACAGGCAUGGCGGUAGCACGUGUCGUUGUCGUUGUUCCAUUUUCUCGCCACGGGGAUGCGAAGUCGUGGACGGUCCUUCUGCUACUGUCAUUCCUGUGCUGCGCAUCCGGAGCCGCAUAAAUGUCGUCCGCACGAGGCCGAGCGCUCCACCGAGAUCGCGUGUGGAGGUCCCCAACAAGCAUGUCUGCGCGAUUGAACGCAGUGGCAAGAAGCGUGACGUCGCGCUUGACGAAAGCCAAGCCCAGGGGAAAGGUCGGCGGCAUGUCCCAAAGGCGAAGAGGCUUCGUUUGGAUGAUGUGUCAGCAAGCAUGCCGCGUCGUGGGGCGCGAGGUUGGGCGCAGGCCGUGGAAGAGGACAACGACGAUUAUUUCACGACGGAGGACGAUCAAGGCGAGGCGAUGGCGUCUGCAGGUGUUGUCCCUCCCGUUCCGGCGGCGAGAGAAGAGGCUGCAGUUUCGGCGAUGGCUAGAGAGGAGGGUCGUGGACAGAACACAAACCAACGGGAUGGAGGCGAGGCCGCUUCAGGCCGGGCACGCAGGGGAGUCAUGACGAAAGAGCUUAUCGACCGUGCUCUGCUUUGGGUGGAUCACAAAGCUUUCUGGUUGACGGGUGAAGGACGCAGACUUUACAACAUCGUCCACGAAACCAAAGAGUACUUCGUCGCCAUCGCCAGCGGGCUUCCGCCACUUGACCUUCCACGGAGCGUUGUCGUCCCCAAAUCCAGCACGACGGUGGCGAGGAUCGCAGACCAAUCACAGCUCCAGCAAACGAUCUCCCGUGCGGCGGCGGUGGAGAAUAUAGCUCUGCGCAUCUUGCACGGCUGGGUUUUCAAGUCCGGGAACCACCCAAGGGGGUACCACCUUGCUUUACAGUACUCGUUGGAGUCCGUAGCGACGGACAUUGCGCAAGGUGGUACGGCGAGGAGUGGUGCAACGUCACCUGAGGACGACGACAUGGCUGCGCACCAGGAGUCCACCGUCAUCAGCAUUACGCAUUCAUUCCGCGCGGCGGUGCAAAUGAGCGCUCACAUCGAUGACAAUUUCAUCUCCUACGACCGUCUAUGUUGGGUGGCUGACUGGUUCAGGCUGUUGCUGGCGGCGUCCAUGUGGAUUGUGCGCAUGGCGGGAGACGAUCUGCGCAGUUAUUACGAAGCAUUUUACUUCGUGAAUCUCGUUGCCAGACCGACACUAGUCGCCUCCAUGCACCGCUCCUUCGAUCAUCGACGAUCCGUCGUCCGCGCUGCGAACGUCGUCAAGGAGAGGCUUGGGAAGGCGAAAGCCACGCUCGGAGUGUACCCCGACUACAUCCCUGAUUGGGCACCAUGCGGCAUCGGAUUUGCUCACGAUGCGAGCAUCAAGGGGCCAGAGGAUGCGAAGAGGCUGGAUUGGUUGGGUUCGGGCCCCCCCGAUGAUGACAUCAAAGGCGAAGGAAAAAACGACGCAUAAGGCGGGCCGUUUUGCGGGGGAAGAGCGGGGAGACUGCGCUUCUAACAAUGAAGGCGCAUGUACGCG